GUACAAUUCACAGAGCGGUGUACUCGUAAUUUUUUCCCUAAAAAUCAUAUCCAAAGGCUAGUUCACGUCAGCUAUUUUACGUAAGGGUAGUGGGAGAGUUCAGUCAGUUGAUAAACCCAUAGACUGUGCAGAUGCCAUCUGACCUUUGACCCUCGGACCCUGCACCUCUGGUCCGUGCUCUAUGACUUGCUGUGAGGCCAUGUCUGCUGUGAACAUCACCAGAGAUAUCCUGCACAGGCAGAUCAGGGACAAGAGAGCAUUGGGCUUCCAAAGGCAGUAUCAUGUCACAGACCCCUUCAUCAGUAGACUUGGACUGGAGGCAGAGUUGCAGGGCCACACUGGGUGUGUGAACUGCCUGGAAUGGAACGAACAGGGAGAUCUGCUGGCAUCGGGCUCAGAUGACCAACAUUGCAUCAUCUGGGACCCCUUCAAACACAAGAAGCUCACCACUAUGCACACAGGGCAUGCAGCAAACAUCUUCUCUGUGAAGUUUCUCCCUCACUCAGGUGACCGUAUCCUCGUGACGGGUGCAGCGGACACCAAGGUUCACGUGCACGACGUGUCGGUCAAGGAGACCAUCCACAUGUUCUCCGACCACACCAACCGCGUCAAGCGCAUUGCUACGGCCCCCAUGUGGCCUAACACCUUCUGGAGUGCUGCGGAGGACGGCAUCAUCAGGCAAUAUGACCUGAGGGAGAGCAGUAAGCGUUCAGAAGUGCUCAUCGACCUGACGGAAUACUGUGGUCAGCUGGUGGAGGCCAAGUGUUUGGCUGUCAACCCGCAAAAUAAUAACUACCUAGCAGUGGGGGCCAACGGGCCCUUUGUACGCCUCUAUGACAUGCGCAUGAUCCACAACCACAGGAAGUCUGCGAGUCAGAGCACAUCGGCAGGAGUGCACACAUUCUGCGACAGGCAGAAGCCCAUCCCAGACGGAGCGGGGCAGUAUUAUGUCGCAGGGCACCUGCCAGUGAAGCUCCCUGACUACAAUAACCGCCUGAGGGUCCUAGUGGCCACCUACGUCACCUUCAGCCCCGACGGCACCGAGCUGCUAGUUAACAUGGGAGGAGAACAGGUGUAUCUAUUUGACUUGACGUUCAAACAGAAGCCGUACACCUAUCUGCUUCCCAAAAAGUGCCAAUUAACAGAUGUUCAGAAUGGAAAGACAACCAACGGUGUGUCAAAUGGAAUUCACUUGCCAGCCAGCCGACUUCGAUUCCCAGAAAGCAAAGUUUUCUCUGGUUCUGGCGAGCUGCCUCUUCACUUGGAGCGGAUAAAGCAGCAGGCCAACGACGCGUUUGCGCGGCAGCAGUGGACGCAGGCCAUCCAGUUCUACAGUCUGGGCAUCCACGAGGCCAGCCACAACGCCAUGCUGUACGGGAACCGCGCCGCCGCCUACAUGAAGCGCAAGUGGGACGGUGACCACUAUGAUGCACUGAGGGAUUGUCUGAAAGCCCUGUCCCUCAACCCUGGGCACCUGAAGGCCCACUUCCGGCUGGCACGCUGCCUCUUUGAGCUGAAGUAUGUGGCCGAGGCUCUGGAGUGCUUGGAUGACUUCAAGGGCAAGUUCCCCGAGCAAGCCCACAGCUGUGCCUGCGACGCCCUAGAUAAGGAUAUCAAGGCCGCCCUCUUCUCCAAGAUGGACUCUGCUGAGGACAAAAAGGGCAACAGCUCAAUCCGCUUCCACACGUUCAGCAGGAAGGAGUCCAUCCCGGAAGACGAGGUCGUCUUGAGAGAGCGCAGCUACGACUACAAACACCGCUACUGUGGUCAUUGUAACACCACCACAGACAUCAAGGAGGCCAACUUCUUUGGCAGGAAAAUGCCACGGGUCACUAUGUGAUGUGUGGAGACAUUACACUGCAGCUAAUGUAGAAGGAAAAGCUGUGUACAUUUGCCAAUACUGUGCCAAAUCAUAUGUGAAAAAUGCAACAAAGAUGCAGAAUCAUCUGGCCAAGUGCAUAAAGUUCCCUCAGCGCUCACAACAAGCAACCUCUGACAAAAGUCCCUCUACUUCUAUUCAAGGUGAAAAUUGUGAAUCAGACACCUUAUCGAUAGCAACAGGAAUCAGAAGGUUUUUUUUAACUCAAUGGAGGAACGUAGUCAGAGAAAUGUUUAUGAAUGUCUUGCUUGAGCUGUGUAUGCAACUUGUUCACCUCUGAUGCUCACAGGUAUUGGAAGACAUUUCUGAAUGUUCUUUGCCCAGCAUACACCCCUCCAAUGCUUUAUCUACAUGUCCUCUCUACUAAUUUGCUGGAACCAGAGUUCAACAGAGUUCAAGUGAAGGUCAAGCACAUCAUAGAGAAAGCAGACAUUAUUGCAAACAUCUAUGAUUGGUGGUUGAAUGUUCGUGGGCAGGGAAUAAUUAACUACAUCAUCUCAACCUCUCAACCAGUAUUCUACAAGAGCACAGACACAAGGCACAAGAGACACACCGGUCUCUACAUUACAGAUGAGCUGAAGGCAGUCAUCAAUGACCUUGGACCACAGAAGGUAUUUGCACUGGUGACAGACAAUGCUGCGAACAUGAAGGCUGCUUGGUCUAAAGUGGAGGAGUCCUACCCUCACAUCACACCCAUUGGUGAGUUGCUCAUGCAUUGAAUUUUCUCCUCAAGGAUAUCAUGGCACUGGAAACAAUGGAUACACUCUACAAGAGAGCCAAGGAAAUGGUUAGGUAUGUGAAGGGUCAUCAAGUUAUAGCAGCAAUCUACCUCACCAAGCAAAGUGAGAAGAAAAAGAGCACUACAUUGAAGCUGCCCAGCAACACCCAUUUGGGUGGUGUUGUCAUGUUUGACAGUCUCCUUGAGGGGAAGAAGUCUCUCCAAGAAAUGUCCCUAUCACAGUAUGCCCAUAUGGACAGCCCCGUCAAGAGGAUCCUCCUGGAUGAUGUAUUUUGGGAGAGAGUGGUAAGCAGCCUGAAACUCCUGAAACCUAUAGCAGUAGCCAUUGCACAGAUUGAGGGAGACAAUUGCCAUCCUGUUUGAUGUUCAGACUCUGCUUGCAUAUUUAAGAGAAGAAAUCCAUACUGCCCUGUCCACUUCACUGUUGCUCCAAGCAGAGGAAACUUCAGUUCUGAAAUGCAUCAGAAAGCGUAAAGACUUCUGCCUGAAGCCCAUACGCGCCGCAGCGUACAUGUUGGACACCAAGUAUGCUGGCAAGAGCAUCCUGUCUGGUGCAGAGAUCUACAAGGCCUGUGGUGUCAUCACUACCGUGUCUCGCCACCUUGGCCUGCAUGAGGGCAAAGUCGUGCCAAUAUCUCAUCAGCCACCUCGUGGAAGGGACUUUGUGGAUCUGAGGCUCGUUCCCCUGUUGCCUCCAUCAUCCUCCAAAUCCCACAAACAUCAGUCGCCUCAGAGUGCAACUUGUCCUUGUUUGGGAACACACACACCAAAGCACGCCACAGGCUGACCAAUACAAGGGUUGAAAGAUUGGUGGCAAUCCGGGAAAAUUUGAGGCUUUUUGAGCCUGACAACGAGCCAUCCUCAACAAGGUUAGAAAGUGACAGUGAGGCCUCAAAGACUGAUGUUCAAGAGGUGGACAUUGGGGAGGUCCAGGGAGAAGACAUGGAAGCCUGAGAGGAAGACAACCAAAGCUUUAGUUUCUAGACUGUCAUUUUACAGAUGUAUGUUGAAAAUGGUUUUGGGAGAUGUGAUGGAUCAUUCAAUAUAAUUUGUUCCAUGAAAUCAUCCCAUGUGAAGAGUCAACUUAUUUAAUUAAAGUUAAAUUCGUAACAAUUUUAUUAUUUUUCUAUAGGAAGGAUUUAAUCAUUUGCAAUUGUCUACUUAUGAUAAGGUAAAAGGUUUAUGUGUCUGUCUCCAUAUGAUAUGGUAAAUAUAUCCAAUGCAGAAAAACAUCUACAUUUAAAAAUGGUAUUAAUAUUAAUUUGCAUAUAUUUCCGUUAAAUCCUAUAUAUUCCAAAUGGAAAGAUUCCACCUCUGCAUAUUGCCCAAAAUGUGUGUGCCUUUCCAAAUCAUGUCCAACCAAUAGAAUUUAUCACAGGUGGACUCCAAUCAAGUUGUAGAAGCAUCUCAAGGAUGAUCAAUGGAAAUAGGAUGCACCUGAGCUACAUUUCAAGUCUCAUAGCAAAGGGUCUGAAUACAUAUGUAAAUAAGGUAUUUUACUUUGUCUUUAUGGGUUAUUGUGUGUAGAUUGAGGAUGAAAAAAAAAAAAAUUAGAAUAAGGCUGUAAUGUAACAAAAUAUGGAAAAAGGGAAGGUGUCUGAAUACUUUUCAUAUGCACUGUAUAGAAAUGUACAGCAUUUUUUUUUUACCUUUUAAAGAAAAUAUGAUGCUGUUCUAUAGAAACGUUGGUGCCUCCUGAAGAACUUCAUAACACGUUAAUGAGCAGUUCAUAAGGUAUCAAAUUGUGGUAGUUGACAUAAGAAUGAAAUAAUGCUCAUGUACUGCUUAUGAACUUUUUGAUUAUGAAUGCAUUAUGAAGUCCUUAUUUAAGUACCCUUCAAAUGAAAUGUUACGGAAAUGUCUCUGCCACCUGUGUGCAGUAUCAAACAAUGACAAGGUUUAGUAGUUGACUCUCUCUCCCUUUUGAAAAAUAUAAAAGCAACAUGUAAAGUUUUGGUCCUGUUUCAUGAGCUGAAAUAAAGAUCCCAGAAAUGUU